AUGUACGAGGCUGAAUUUUCUUCAUUCAAACAUGGGUUUUCAUCUGCUGCCGCUCCAGCAUCGGCGCCAUCAGUAAUUACAGGCACUUCACAACAACUUCCAGGAAAAUCACAAUUUACGACCUCCACCAAAGAAUUACUACCGUUUAUUGCAAAUGCAAGUCUUGAUAUAAUCGAAGAACAAAUGUGGUCAACACAGGCUUUGAAUUUAGGCAAGAUUGAUCAAUUCUAUGGCAUCUUUAUUAGUGCUUACUUAACUCAAGGAAGUAUCAAGUUCGUACUUUGUUAUGAUUCAAAUAAAGACGAGAACAGCAUACGGCAGUUUUUCCAAGAUGUCAAUGAACUUUAUGUCAAGAUUUUAAUGAAUCCAUUCUAUAAUGUUAAUGAUGCAAUACUAGCUCCGGAAUUUGAUUACAAGGUGAAAUUACUAGCUAAAAAGUAUUUAUAG